AUGUGUUGUAACUACGGGAACUCCUGUGGCUAUGGCUGCAGAUGCAGCUAUGGCUGUGGCUAUGGGUCAGGUUAUGGCUGUGGCUAUGGCUCACGUUGUGGCUGUGGCUAUGGCUCAGUCUGUGGCUGUGGCUAUGGCUCCCGUUGUGGCUAUGGCUAUGGCUCAGGCUGUGGCUGUGGCUAUGGCUCAGGCUGUGGCUGUGGCUAUGGCUCUCGUUGUGGCUGUGGUUAUGGCUCAGGAUGUGGCUGUGGCUAUGGCUGUGGCUCUGGAUGGGGCUGUGGAAAAGGCUCCUGCUGUGGCUUUGGAUAUGGCUCUGGCUCUGGCUGCUAUGGCUACCGGCCAUUUUGCUACAGAAGAUGUUAUUCUUCUUGCUGCUAG